AUGGAAUCAUCCUAUGGUAGCUCGAAUUCCCCGCCGCCCUUCCUCACUAAGACGUUCGACAUGGUGGAUGAUUCUUCAACCAACUCCAUCGUCUCAUGGAGCCCGACCAGUGACAGCUUCAUUGUGUGGAACCCCCCGGAGCUCUGCAGGGUCUUGCUUCCCAAGUACUUCAAGCACAACAAUUUCUCGAGCUUCAUUCGACAACUCAACACCUACGUAAGUAGAUGAAAAUUCCGUCGAUAUCCCACUACGAUUUCUUCUCUAUCACGCGCAAACUACAUAUCGAUUGCUAUUCAUUCUUACACAAACUACAUAUUCAUCGUUGAUUUUGGAGAAGAACCAUAAUUUCCAGGGAGAAUUGUUGUCAGAUCUUAGUUACAUCGUUCUUGAUUCAGAUACUGGUCGUUGUAAUCUCUGUUAGUCUUUUUAUUUUUUCUGAAUUUUUUCACCGAAUCGAGAAACUCCGAUUGUUGCUGCGCAUCUGAAUGGUCCAAUGAAGCACAUCCUAGAAACUAUGACUUAGAAAUUACAAUCCUCAUGUCCAUAGAAAUUCAUCAGAAACACUGCUGGUUUGGAUCAUUCUCAAUGCUCUGUGAUCAAUCUUGGAUUGGUCUUCACCCCUCUCUCUCUCUCUCUCUCUCUCUCUCCCUCCCUCUCUUCCCCCCCCCUCUCUCUCUCUCCCCUCCCUCCCUCUCUCUCUCUCUCUCUCUCUCUCUGUCUCUCUGUUCUAAGAAUGAAGAUGUGGGUAUUCUAAUUUGUUUGGUAAGCAGGGUUGUUUUCUGCAUCUUUUUUUUUGGAUCAAUCUGACCGAACUCUUUCCGUCAUCUCCUGACAUAGGACGAAGCUCACUCCCUCUCUGUAGCCCUUUUAAAAAUGACGUCUUUCCCUCUCAACCAGCUGGGGGUCUGGAGACCCAGAAGAUCGAUCAUAUUUAGCCUGGUUAAUCUGGGGGUCAGCCCCUCUUGGCCGAUCGGUGCGGCCAGAAUAAUAACAUUAAUAGUUGACUACACUGAUCAAGACCCAGAAGUCAACGACCUCCCUUCUUGCUCUUCGGCAGGGCUUCAAGAAAGUUGACCACGAACAGUGGGAAUUUGCAAACGAGGACUUCCUGAAGGGCCAGAGGCACCUCCUGAAUAACAUCCACCGGCGGAAACCCGUCCACAGCCACUCCCCCCAGAACCAGGCCGCCGUCGCCGGGGCCCUCACCGAUGGCGAGAGGCGGGAGCUUGAGGACGAGAUCCAGAGCUUGAAGCGGGAGAAGAGUGCUCUGGUCCUCGAGGCCCAGCGCUGCGCCCAGCAGCUGCACGGCGUGGAGUUCCAGACGCAGGGCCUUGCUGCGCGGCUGCAACAGGUGGAGUUCCGCCACCGGCGCAUCAUCGCCUUCCUGAACCUGGUCAUCCAGAGGGGCCCCGCUGGCGGCGGCGCCGCCCUCCUGCUGCCGUCGUCGUCGCCGGAGGAGGACCAGGGGAAGAAGAAGAGAAGGCUCGUGUGGCUCGACAACGAGGAGGAUGAUGGCGGCACCGCUGGCUCUUCCCGGCGGGUCUUCGAUGCUGGGCCCGUUGACAGGAUGGAGUCGCUACUGUAUUCCUUGGAGGGCUUCAUCUUGACCGUCGGCAGGGCCUCCGGCAUGGACAUGGACGGCGGCGGCGCCGCCCUCGCCGGCACCCCAUCGACAGUGAUCCUCAUGGAGAUGAAUGCAUCCUCCGGUGACACCGAUGGAGAGCGGCGGUUGCGAUCCCCCAAGCCGCAUUCUUUUCCUCGUCCUCCGGGUCAACUCUCCGGGAACCGGAGGUCAUUGACCCCGGAGCUGACGGAGUCAACUCUCCGCGGACGAGGCCGGUCAACAGUGUCCGAGAUAGACAUCAACUCGGAUCCCACUCCGGCCGAGGGCCCGCUGACCGGGGCGAAUGACGUGUUCUGGGAGCAGUUCCUCACGGAGACCCCCGGUCAGAGGGACGGCUCCGGGAGGAAGAGCGUUGACUGUGACAGGGGCCAACCGGUCGAGCUUAACAGUUGA